AUGUCUGGAAGAAUUGGAGGAUGCGGAGGUGUAAGAGGUCAAUCUGACCGCACUGAUCAGCCUUUACCGCAAGCCGGACGUGGACGCUUUGGAGGAGGAAGAGGUCAAUCAGACCGCACCGAUCAAUCUUUACCGCAAGUCGGACGUGGACUUGGACGCGUCGGAGGAGGAAGAGGUCCAUACCGCUCCUACCUACCUGUACUGUCGUCUGCCUCUUCUUCAUCUACAGAUUCCUUAGCUGCAGAUGUCGAAAUGAAACUUAACUUAGCUUCACCUUCAAGAGCUGUUGAAACUCUACAAAAGUUGUCCCCUGCUUUUGAGACUCGGUCUCUUACACCUUUGACCGCGACAACCAGACUGCCGGAUAGACCAGGUUUCGGUAGAGCCGGUAAGAAGAUCUCGGUCCGAACCAACCAUUUUCCAGUUCAAUCAACUAGACGCGAAGUAUUUCAUUACGAUGUCACAAUCACUCCAGAGGUGACAUUGAAGAAAGUAUGCAGGGAUGUCAUGAAUAUUUUGAUAGACUCUAACAUGGAGUUGUAUCUGGGAAAUCGGUUGCCGGCAUAUGAUGGCAGCAAAAACAUUUACAGCUUGGGGCCACUUCCCUUUCAGUCCAAGGACUUCCCGGUGAAACUGCUUAAAAAGGAUGGAAAUAGAAGGAAGGAGAGUCACUUCAAUGUGGCAAUUAAGUUUGCUGCUAAAGUUGAUCUGUAUCAACUUCAAGCAUUCUUACAUAAGAAGCAAGGGAAUCUUCCUCAUGAGACAUUGCAAGCUCUUGAGAUAGUUCUUCGAGCAACUCCUUCGGUUAUGUACACUGCUGUUGAAAGGUCAUUCUUUUCACCAAGACUUGGUGCAAAGGGGAAAUUGGAUGGUGGCCUGGAGUAUUGGCAAGGGUUCUACCAAAGCCUACGACCAACUCAAAUGGGGCUCUCGCUGAAUAUUGAUAUAUCAGCAAGGGCAUUCUUUGACCCCAUCCUGGUGACAGAGUUUAUUCAACAAUAUCUUCACAUUGGAGAUCUGUCCAGGCCAUUAACUGACCAAGACUGUAAGAAAAUUCUGAAGGUCUUGAAAGGUGUGACUGUGAAAACGACUCACCUGAAGAAUGUCAUGAGCAAAAAGAUAGUUCGUCUAUCUCAACAACCAAUUGGUGAACUGAAGUUCACGUGUGAUGACGGUGUUCAAAAGAAGUAUGUGGUCCAAUACUACUUAGAAAGGUACCGUAUCACGCUUAGGUAUCCUUCCUUACCUGCAAUGCAGUAUGGAAGUGAUUCCAAGCCUAUUUAUCUGCCAUUGGAGCUGUGCAAAAUCGUGGAGGGGCAGAGGUAUACAAAGAAGUUAAAUGAGAGGCAGGUAACCACUCUUUUGAUGGCUACCUGUCAAAGACCCGUGCAUAGGGAACAAAACAUCAGACAGAUGGUCAGGAAAAACGACUACAACAAUGACAAGUUCCUGAACGAAUUUGGGUUGCAUAUACAGCCUGAACCUACAGUGGUUGAAGCAAGACUUCUUCCACCUCCCAUGCUCAAAUAUGAUGGGUCACAAGAGGCUCCAAGUGCGGGGCAAUGGAAUAUGUUGAACAAGAGAAUGUUUAACGGGGCCAAGAUAGAUUUCUGGACCUGUGUCAACUUCUCAAAAAUGAACCAAAAUCAGGUCGGCCAGUUCUGUUGGGACUUGGUGCAAACGUGCAUAAGUAAAGGGCUAAAAUUCAAUACGGAACCGAUGAUUCCCAUCCAUUUAGCCAAUCCUAAACACAUUGGAAGGGCACUAACCAGCAUCCACUCGCGAUGUAAUGAGCAGCUCACAAAGAUGAAGGCAAAAGGCAGACAUCUUCAGUUGUUGCUCGUCAUAUUGCCAGAAAUUUCUGGUUCAUAUGGGACGAUUAAGAAGGUUUGUGAGACAGAAUUGGGCAUUGUCUCUCAAUGUUGCCAGCCUAGGCAAGUUCUUAAGAGGACUUUGCCGUAUCUUGAAAAUGUCACUCUGAAGAUUAACAUCAAGGCUGGAGGACGCAACACCGUGCUUGCGAGUGCGUUGGAGAGAAAAUUGGAUUUUGUCUCGGAUAUGCCCACCAUCAUCUUUGGCGCUGAUGUCACUCAUCCUGCUCCAGGAGAGGAUUCAAGUUGUUCAAUUGCAGCGGUGGUUGCUUCGAUGGACUGGCCUGAGGUAACCACUUACAAAGGACUGGUCUCUGCUCAAAGGCAUAGAGAGGAAAUCAUCAGUGACCUCUAUAAAGAGGUUGAUGAUCCUAUAAGGGGGAGAGUUAAAAGUGGGAUGAUCAGGGAGCUGUUGAUUUCGUUUAAUCAGUCCACUGGUCAUAAACCACAAAGAAUAAUAUUCUACAGAGAUGGUGUUAGCGAUGGGCAAUUCAGCCAUGUUUUGCUCUAUGAGGUUGAUGCAAUUCGGAAGGCAUGUUCUUCUCUACAAGAAAAUUACCUACCGAGGAUCACAUUUGUGGUUGUGCAGAAGAGGCAUCACACUCGCCUCUUCCCAAUGACUCAUGGUGACAGACAUUCAACCGACCGGAGUGGAAAUAUUUUGCCAGGUACGGUUGUUGAUACAAAGAUUUGUCAUGUAAGGGAGUUUGACUUCUAUCUAUGCAGUCAUUCGGGUAUCCAGGGAACAAGCCGGCCAACACAUUACCAUGUGUUGUUUGAUGAGAAUAACUUCAGUGCAGAUGCAUUGCAAGGACUCACUAACAGCUUGUGUUACACUUAUGCGAGAUGCACUAGAUCAGUGUCUAUAGUUCCUCCUGCUUACUAUGCUCAUCUUGCUGCGUGGAGGGCACGCUAUUAUGUGGAAGGUUAUGUUGAAGGUGGUGUGGAAAGUGAUGUGGAAUGUGAUGAAGUUGAUGCUGAAUCCACUAGUGUCAGAGUGAACACAAGGGAAGGGGAUGCAGUUGUUCGGCCUUUGCCUAAUGUUAUGGAUAAUGUAAAGCAAUUUAUGUUUUACUGCUGAACAACAUUGUAAUAAGAUUUUUGUUGUAAUUUUAGUUUUUUGUUGUU